AUGAGGAUAAUCGCUCCUGCUCCUCCGUCCGGUCCUUUUCGGUACAGUGAGCCUGCCAUUCCCGAGACUUGUGAUCUAUCGAUUCAGCUGCCUUCUGGCGCGAAUCGCAGUAGCUUGGCAGUGCUUGUCAAUCCCACGUGUCUUAACGAUCCCAUUGAACUGCGCGACAGCUACACGAGCGAGGCCUGCGGCUUUGAUGUGCUUAACUAUUGGAGCGUGGAUGUGGACUAUGAAGCAUCAGCAAGCGAGAUUAUGACUCCCACUAGCUGCCAGCAUCCGUAUCAAGGUGUAACUAUUGACGUGAACAGUCAUUCGAUUAAUAAUCAAGGCGUGGUCAUGUACCAUGUAGAUAUCAAAGGUCCAAACGGCAUUCUAUCUACUUAUACGAUCCGUCGUCGCUUUCGAGCUUUUAAAAAUUUGCACACUGAGCUCAGUCGACUUUUGCUGGAGUACAAGAACUCUCAUACUCAAUCAAAUGCCACAUUGGUAGACAGAGCGCCGUAUCCAUUAGAUGGACUGGAAAAUCACAUUCCUUUGAGCCCACACAGCGCAGUAGCAAUGAAGGGGCCACCUGUGUCAAAUACUGAUUACACAACAGUCACGUUUCCUUCGUUGCCCAAUGCAGGAGUGUGGAGUUAUUUAAAGCGCCACGAUGUGCGACUUGUAGAACAACGCAAGAAGCGUCUUCAGGAAAUUCUUAGACUUGCAAUUCGCCACCCAGCGACCAAGAAUAGUCCUGUGCUCGACGAAUUUUUGAGUGUAGCUCCUAGUGAAAUUUCGCAACGAGGGUCUUCCUACGUGUCACUACAGGACUAUAGUGUACCUGUGUUUGAUCGACAACGCGAGUCCAUUGAGCGACGACAGAGGAAGCUGAGGGUGCUGGAAGAUCGACGACUUCGAGCAGGUUCUGAUAGCCAAUUCGGAGAAAUCACACCAGUAGGUAGGGGGGCAUAG